CCUACGUUAGCCCGUGUCAAAAUUCCUAUUAAUGACGUUCCGCUUUCGUAGCCUAUAUUUUUACAUUUUUUACUUUUAAAGUUGUUCGAACUCCUCAAAAAUGGAGGACGAUGAGUUCAGCGACACUUACGAGGAGGGAGAUGAGGAAAAAGCUGAAGAGUUGGAUCCGGAAAAUCCGCAACAUUAUUUUCCUAUUAUGGAAAAGAAUUUUAACAAGGUCAUUGCUGAGAUCGAGUCCAACCCUGAAGCUGCAGUGUUCGCUGAUGAGUACAAUAAGUUAUUUGAAGCUUUCUUCAACGCAUACAAUAAACAAAAAGAGCUGGAUGAAGAAACUAAACAAUUGCAUGAACAAAUCGUAGAGAAGGAUAAGAAAAUUUCAUUGGCGGUGAACUUAGCAGAUGAAGACAAAAAAACAAUAGAUAGUCUAAAGAGUCAAAUCACUCAUGCUUGGAAACUGGCUGACGCUGCACAUUCCAGAGAACAAGUGGCUCAGGAGAUCAUCGACAAUCUCAGAAGACAAGUGGAGAAUUUAAACGCAGAGAUCGACUUCAGGAAUAAGUUGAACCAAGACACUGAAGAAAUGGGUGAGCUUAGCAAGCACAAAGACGGCUUGGAGAGAGAAAGAGACAGACUGAUCAACGAAGUAACCCAACUGAACACGAAGUUGCACAACGCUCUGAGUUAUCAAGAAGAACUGGAGAGGAAAACGUCUGAAGCUGAUCUCAAGAUAAACGAGAUUAACGGACAGUUAGAGGUAUAAAAAAUGAUGAAUUCGAAAUAAUGAGUCAAGUACAACGCCAAAAUUACCCAUCGCCGUUUUCAAUACGUGGGAUCAAGUAGCUGAAACUCAAAGGCAGAAGAAAGCCAAAGAGAAACUAGAACAAGACGUAGAGGAAUUGAAAGCAAAAAUUGAAGAAAAAGAGUCAAAAAUCGUGGAACUUCACGGCGUUAUUGCUCAAAACGCUAAAGCGAUAGCUAGAUCUGAGCAAGAUGCCAAAGAAACGAAAUACGCUUACGAUAAGUUGAGCAAAGAAUUUGAGGCGACAGCACUAAAAUUUAGCAGAUUACAAGACGAUCACAACCAGACUAUGUUUGACUUGGACAAGUCUAAGAAAGUCAUUCAAGAUAAAAUGUUAGAUGCUAAGAUCAUCGGAGAAGAGGCGAUACGUCUGAAACUGGACGUAUCUAAGCUGUCGAAAACCAGAGAACUUUUGGAGAAGAAAAUUCUAGCGAUGAAUACUGAAAAAGACGAGUUGAACUCGGAUAGAACUAAGCUGCGCCAGCGGAUCUAUAUGCUGGAAAAGGAAAUGGAUGAUUUCAAGAAGUACAUCGACGAAGACAAGCGACAUAUUGAGGGUAUGAUGAAAGAAAAGGACGUACUGACCAAAAGCGUCCAGAGGAUGCAAGUCCUUCAACAGGACCAAAACAAACUGAUCUUUAUCCAAGAACAAAGUAAGAAAAAGUUAGAAGUGGAGUUGGACUUGUAUUUUAUUGAAAACAACAAGCAGAAAAAGGCGAUUGGGCAGUUGGAGAGAGAAAGGGAUAAACUUGCGGAGGAUCAUAUUGAGCUUACGCAGACCAUUGAGGAUAAUAUGGAGGAUAUUCGUCAGAAGAAGGUGAUGAUAUUCGACUUGAAAAAAACGACAUCCGAACUAGAAAACAAAGUCAGACAGCAACAGAACUUAUAUGAAGCUAUGAGAUCCGAUAGAAACUCUCUGCAAAAAUUACUUCAAGAAUCUACUGCAGAAACUGGAGAGUUGAAAAAGAAACUGAAGAUACUAUUUCAUCAUAUUGAACAACUGAAAGAAGAUAUCGGCCAGAAGGAAAAACAGUUGAUCAAAGAUGAGAACGUCAUGAGAAAGCUAAAUAAGGAAAAAGAUAAUUUGAAGAUUGAAGUUAUGAGCCGUAUUGACCAAAUCAGGACUUUAAAAGAGGAGCUGAAAGAAAAAAGAGAUGAAGAAAGAAGAUUACACAAGUGUUUGAUAGAAAAUGACAGAACGAUAAGGCAACAGGCUAAAGAUCUGGAACAGAUAAUGAAUGAAAGAGAUGUGAUUGGAUCACAGCUGGUUAGAAGGAAUGAUGAGAUAGCUUUGCUUAAUGAGAAGAUUCGAAUUCUGCAAGCCACUCUGGCUAGAGGUGAAACUCACUACGAGCAAAGGAUCGAAGAUAUCAGACUAUUGAAACUCGAGGUGAAACGCUUGAGGCAAGAGAAAAACCUGAUGUCAAAAUCGCUGUCCAACAUGGUGGAUCUGAAGCAGGAAAUUUUCCAUUUAGAGCGGGAUCUGACCAAGAGCAGAUUGAAAUGUACUGCCUUGGAAAAGGAAGUGCAAAAUCCUUUGAACAUCCAUAGAUGGAGAAAGUUGGAAGGGUCCGAUCCAGAACUACUGGAUUUGUUGCAGAAGAUACAGCAUCUUCAAAAACGUCUUUUACAACAAGGUUCCGAAGCAGUGGAAAGAGAACGUCAACUGAAAACUGCAGAAAGAUUGUACAUCAAUCUGAGACAAGUGCUAGCUAAACAACCAGGUCCGGGUAUCAAGAAUGAACUCUCAAAAACACAGAGGGCUUUGAAAGCAAGAGGAAACAAGUUAAAGGUGCUCGUCUCCGAGCUGAACAUGGCCGAAUUGAAAGCUGCGGACUAUAAAACCGACUUGCAGCGCGUUUCCGAAGAGCUGUGCGAAAUGAAGAAACGCUAUUUGGCCGAAAAAAAGGUCAAUUACGUCCAAAAGAAGAAAUUCGAAACCACCAUAAUGCAAAUCCAAGCGCGCGGCGACACGACAGCUGCCGGACUUGGCAGUAGCGAAGUCAAGUUUGCAGGUGGCGGGUUUCGAAUGUCCGUGCAACAAUCCACCUCCAAAUAACAAUUGUCAAACGUCGCCGUUUAAUUGUUUAGUGCGUAAUACCAGCCGGAUCAGCCCUGUGUCUCGUUAGCUACGCUUGCGAGUUGAGAGGGAAAAUGUCAAAGGUGCUCGAGGUGUGCGUUGAUAGUUUGGAGUCGGCAGUUGCCGCUCUGAAUGGCGGAGCCGACAGGCUUGAGUUGUGCUGCUCGCUCAUAGAGGGCGGCCUGACGCCUACGCCAGGAAUGCUUAUUCAGGUUUCGUCGCAAGAGGAAGAUUUUCUGGAGGAGUCUCAAUUACAAAGCAUAGAAAAACCAACAACAUCAAAUACUACAACUCAUCGUUCGAAAAAACUAAAAACCAAAGCCAAGGAGAAAACGGACGAGGAAGGUGAUGCAAUGCUAGAAAAGCCUAAAAACAUACUAAAUACACCAACUGACGAGCAUACCGUAUUUGGUGAAUAUGUUGCUAGUGAAUUACAGCAGCUGCGUUCUGAUGAACGAAAAAGAAGAUUAAAACGAAUAAUCCAGAAAGCUAUAGUUGCAAUGAGCGAGGAAGAUGAAGUGGAGUUUUCUGGAUCAAGAACACUUACACCUUUAAUGUCGCCUACUUAUUCACAUUCGAGUACAUACCCAUCAACUUCAAAUACGGUUGAAAGUUUUGAAGAGGCACCGAUAACAAAUACAACUACAAACCUUCCUCCAAUCACGCAGUUUUACGAAAAUUACUUACCUGGAGAUAAUCCGUUUUCAGCACAGUAAAUAUCGCUUCACAAACUUCAGGUAUAAUCCUUGAAAUGGUCGUGACUGGAAUCCGAAAAAGGUAUUGCAGGGAAUGAUAGCUAUCUCCUACAAUUAAAAAUGAUUUAAUUAGAAGUUGUUUUUGUUUGCUUUUUAAGUUAAAUACAUCCUAGAAAACAAACUCAUGUCUUUCAAUACUCACCUGUUGCUAAAAACCGUAACGUAAGCAUGAGCCGUUCUGAAGGUGAAAUAGCUAGCCUAAGAUGAGUAUCUUGUUUUCUAAUCAAUGGUUCAACUUUUUGAAGCAAGUAUUCAUAGUCCUUAUUACUCAUGCGUAAAAAGUUAGCGUAUGAAUUCAUGUCUUCGCUGUGUAAUUCUUUCACCAAUUGAGCAAAAAAACCACUAUCCUGUCUUCUUGAAAUCCAGCUCCUAACCCACAUCCUUCUCUUCUUGUUUUUUAGCUCAACAUUUUUUCUCUUCUUCGUUAUUAAAAUAACAGAGGCAGCUGCAAUUUACUUAAUUCGCGACAUUUCAAACUACUUCCAACAAACUACGGUGCAAUAAUGCCUAUACGUUUUUACGAGAUCAAAUCUACCAUGUUAUGUACACACCACAUAGAGAAAUUGGUAUAGAUUUAAUCUAGGAAAUAUCUACGAAGGUCUAGCGAGGGCCAAAAUAUGUUAUAGUGUACACAGAACAUAGACAAGUCUCAC